GGCAGGGUGGGCACCAGGAAGCCCUCUAAAAGGGGUGGGGUGUGUGGCAUUGGCAGGGAAGUCAGAUUUCUAGCUUUGUUCUUUCUGCUCUUCUUCUGGAUCCUACAGGCUUCUUCCAGGGACCUCAGUGAACCUUGGCCAGAAGGUGCUCUCUCCUGCUUAAAUCGUUUCCUUCAAGGGGAAGGCAGGACCAGAAAUAACUUCCCAUGACUUCAGGGCUUGGAGGACCCCUACGUGUACAAAUGCCAAUGGGCAAAAGUUAACAGACCUCUGGUCCUCUGAGCAAGGCUCACAUGCCUUAGUUUCCCCAUUUUGACCGGGUGGGAAAGUAACUGGCUGGGAAGGUGUACGCAGGCCUCUGCACCCGCCUGGAGGAAUUUGAUGGGGCAGGCCCGCGAGUCCCCAGGUGAGGAUUCUUCUGGAAAGGACCCAGCUCAGUUCCUGCGCGGGGCGGGCACCUGAGGAACUACCCCCAUUCCAGCCGGCGCCUUCCCUGCCGCACAUCGUCGCUUCUCCGGGCAGCAGCGAAAGACGCGUGAACCAGAAGGAAAAAAAGAGAGAGGGAGAAAAAAAAAGUGUCUCCCUGGCCCGGGGCCAGCGUCCCAGCCCCCCUCGCCGCCGGCGCGCUCCAGCCAGGGAAAACAACUGCUCACUUCUCCCUGCGUCCUCCCCGCGCGCUCCCUGCUUCCCGGCGGCCGCGGGAGAGGAGCCCGGCCAGGGGGAGGCGCGGAGCGGGCUGGCCGCCCGGCCUUCCUCUCCCCUCGCUCCUCCUCUCCGCCUCCACUUGCUCCGGCCUCCUCGCUCCGGCCUCAGUUCUCCCGGCCAGGGAACUUUCUUCGCUCUCCCCUCAGUGCAGCUUCCAUCGCUCUCCCUCGCAACCGAGAUCCCGGCCGCUCCUGCUGUCCCCUCCCUGCCCUUGGCUUCUGGCCCCGCUCAGCCCUCUGCAGCCCUCUCCCGGGCUCCCAACACUCGAUCCCCUGCUCGGGCUCCACCCCCGAUCUCCGAGGGUCGUGCGGCCCCGGAUGCCCGGGCCCCGAGGGGCUGCCCGCGGCCUGGCCCCUGCGAUGCGCCAGGCGGGGGCAUCGGGGCUGCUGGCGCUACUGCUGCUGGCGCUGCUGGGCCCCGGCGGCGGGGCGGAGGGGGGGCCGGCCGGCGAGCGGGGCACAGGCGGGGGCGGGGCGCUGGCCCGCGAACGCUUCAAGGUGGUCUUUGCGCCGGUGAUCUGCAAGCGGACCUGUCUGAAGGGCCAGUGUCGGGACAGCUGUCAGCAGGGCUCCAAUAUGACGCUCAUCGGAGAGAACGGCCACAGCACCGACACGCUCACCGGUUCUGGCUUCCGCGUGGUGGUGUGCCCUCUACCCUGCAUGAACGGUGGCCAGUGCUCCUCCCGAAACCAGUGCCUGUGUCCCCCGGAUUUCACGGGGCGCUUCUGCCAGGUGCCUGCCGCAGGAACUGGAGCCGGCACCGGCAGUUCAGGCCCCGGACUGGCCCGGACCGGAGCCAUGUCCACAGGCCCGCUGCCGCCCCUUGUCCCAGAAGGAGAGUCUGUGGCUAGCAAACACGCCAUUUAUGCGGUGCAGGUGAUCGCAGAUCCUCCCGGGCCGGGGGAGGGUCCUCCUGCACAACAUGCAGCCUUCUUGGUGCCCCUGGGGCCAGGACAAAUCUCAGCAGAAGUGCAGGCUCCGCCCCCUGUGGUGAACGUGCGUGUCCAUCACCCUCCUGAAGCUUCCGUUCAGGUGCACCGCAUCGAGGGGCCGAAUGCUGAAGGUCCAGCCUCCUCCCAGCACCUGCUGCCGCAUCCCAAGCCCCCGCACCCGAGGCCACCCACCCAAAAACCACUGGGCCGCUGCUUCCAGGACACACUGCCCAAGCAGCCUUGUGGCAGCAACCCUUUGCCCGGCCUCACCAAGCAGGAAGAUUGCUGCGGUAGCAUCGGUACUGCCUGGGGACAAAGCAAGUGUCACAAGUGCCCACAGCUUCAGUAUACAGGGGUGCAGAAGCCAGGACCUGUACGUGGGGAGGUGGGUGCUGACUGCCCCCAGGGCUACAAGAGGCUCAACAGCACCCACUGCCAGGACAUCAACGAAUGUGUGAUGCCCGGCAUGUGUCGCCAUGGUGACUGUCUCAACAACCCUGGCUCUUACCGCUGUGUCUGCCCGCCUGGUCAUAGCCUGGGUCCCUCGCGCACACAGUGCAUUGCCGACAAACCAGAGGAGAAGAGCCUGUGUUUCCGCCUCGUGAGCACUGAGCAUCAGUGCCAGCACCCACUGACCACACGCCUCACACGCCAGCUCUGCUGCUGCAGUGUGGGUAAAGCCUGGGGCGCCCGGUGCCAGCGCUGCCCAGCAGAUGGUACAGCAGCCUUCAAGGAGAUCUGCCCGGCUGGGAAAGGGUACCAUAUCCUCACCUCCCACCAGACCCUCACCAUCCAGGGUGAAAGUGAUUUCUCCCUCUUCCUGCACCCUGAUGGGCCACCCAAACCCCAGCAGCUUCCUGAAAGCCCCAGCCGAGCACCAGCACUCGAGGACACAGAGGAAGAGAGAGGAGUGACCUUGGACCCACCAGUGAGCGAGGAGCGAUCGGUGCAACAGAGCCACCCCACUACCACCACCUCACCUGCCCGGCCUUACCCAGAGCUGAUCUCUCGCCCCUCCCCACCUACCUUCCACCGAUUCCUGCCAGACUUGCCCCCAUCCCGAAGUGCGGUGGAGAUCGCCCCCACUCAGGUCACAGAGACCGAUGAGUGCCGAUUGAACCAGAACAUCUGUGGCCAUGGACAGUGUGUGCCUGGCCCCUCGGAUUACUCCUGCCACUGCAACCCGGGCUACCGGUCACAUCCACAGCACCGAUAUUGUGUUGAUGUGAACGAGUGUGAGGCAGAGCCCUGCGGUCCCGGGAGAGGCAUCUGCAUGAACACUGGUGGCUCCUAUAAUUGUCACUGCAACCGAGGCUACCGCCUCCACGUGGGUGCAGGGGGCCGCUCGUGCGUGGACCUAAACGAGUGCGCCAAGCCUCAUCUGUGUGGUGACGGUGGCUUCUGCAUCAACUUUCCUGGUCACUACAAAUGCAACUGCUAUCCUGGCUACCGGCUCAAGACCUCACGACCACCCGUUUGCGAAGACAUCGACGAAUGUCGCGACCCUAGCACCUGCCCUGAUGGCAAAUGUGAAAACAAACCUGGCAGCUUCAAGUGCAUCGCCUGCCAGCCUGGCUAUCGCAGCCAGGGGGGCGGAGCCUGUCGUGAUAUCAACGAAUGCUCCGAGGGGAGCCCCUGCUCUCCUGGAUGGUGUGAGAACCUCCCGGGCUCUUACCGUUGCACGUGUGCCCAGGGAUACGAGCCCGCACUGGAUGGCCUCAGUUGCAUAGACAUGGAUGAGUGUGAGACCGGGAACAUAUGCCACGAUGGCAUCUGCACGAACACACCAGGCUCCUUCCAGUGUCAGUGCCUCUCUGGCUAUCAUCUGUCAAGGGACCGGAGCCAUUGUGAGGACAUUGAUGAAUGUGACUUCCCCGCGGCCUGCAUUGGGGGUGACUGCAUCAAUACCAAUGGUUCCUACCGAUGUCUUUGUCCCCAAGGCCAUCGGCUGGUGGGAGGCAGGAAGUGCCAAGAUAUAGAUGAGUGCAGCCAGGACCCAGGCCUGUGCCUGCCCCACGGGGCCUGCGAGAAUCUCCAGGGCUCCUAUGUCUGUGUCUGCGAUGAGGGUUUCACACUCACCCAGGACCAGCAUGGAUGUGAGGAGGUGGAGCAGCCCCACCACAAGAAGGAAUGCUACCUUAACUUUGAUGACACAGUGUUCUGUGACAGUGUAUUGGCUACCAAUGUCACCCAGCAGGAGUGUUGUUGCUCUCUGGGGGCCGGCUGGGGAGACCAUUGUGAAAUCUAUCCCUGUCCAGUCUACAGCUCAGCUGAAUUUCACAGCCUGUGUCCUGAUGGAAAGGGCUACACUCAAGACAACAACAUCGUGAACUAUGGCAUUCCAGCCCACCGUGACAUCGACGAAUGCAUAUUGUUUGGGGCAGAGAUCUGUAAGGAGGGCAAGUGCGUGAAUACGCAACCCGGCUACGAGUGCUACUGCAAGCAGGGCUUCUAUUACGACGGCAACCUGCUGGAGUGCGUGGAUGUGGAUGAGUGCUUGGAUGAGUCCAACUGCAGGAACGGAGUGUGUGAGAACACACGCGGAGGCUACCGCUGCGCCUGCACACCGCCCGCAGAGUACAGCCCCGCGCAGCGCCAGUGUCUGAGCCCGGAGGAGAUGGGUGAGGCCCGGGGGAUCAGUGCGGGGAGCAGAGCCCAGGAGGAGAUGGACAUGGAUGAGUGCCAGGAUCCGGCUGCUUGCCGCCCUGGCCGCUGCGUCAACCUCCCGGGCUCCUACCGCUGCGAGUGUCACCCGCCCUGGGUGCCCGGGUCCUCCGGCCGCGACUGCCAGCUCCCCGAGAGCCAGGCGGAGCAUGGCCCAGAGCGACGAGAAGUAUGCUGGGGCCAGCGCGGAGAGGACGGCAUGUGUAUGGGGCCCCUGGCGGGACCUGCCCUCACUUUCGAUGACUGUUGCUGCCGCCAGGGCCGUGGCUGGGGUACCCAGUGCAGACCGUGCCCGCCGCGUGGCACUGGGUCCCAGUGCCCGACUUCACAGAGUGAGAGCAAUUCUUUCUGGGAUACAAGUCCCCUGCUACUGGGGAAGUCUCCACGAGUAGAUGAGGACAGCUCGGAAGAGGAUUCAGAUGAGUGCCGCUGUGUGAGUGGCCGCUGUGUGCCACGGCCAGGAGGGGCAGUAUGUGAAUGUCCUGGGGGCUUUCAGCUGGACGCCUCCCGUGCCCGCUGCGUGGACAUUGAUGAGUGCCGAGAGCUGAACCAGCGCGGGCUGCUGUGCAAGAGUGAGCGGUGUGUGAACACCAGUGGCUCCUUCCGCUGUGUCUGCAAAGCUGGCUUCACCCGCAGCCGCCCUCACGGUGCCUGUGUGCCUCAGCGGCGCCGCUGAUGCAGUCUUAGCCCACACCUCAGUGAUCAUCCGUCGAGGGUACUCUCCACUGAAAGUGGAGACAAGAACAUCCUUUGCUUCUGACCAAAUGAGAGCAUGGACCCAAGGACCCUUCUGGGCCCACAGAGCUCCUGCCCACACCCCAAAACCAAGGGUGCUCCUGUCUGCAGAGUGCUGUCUGCUUUCCUCCCUGAGGAUGAUUUCUAGAAACUUCCAAGUCAGAUCUGCCCCUUUAAUUUACUCUUGGCUUUCAAGGCAAAUUGAUAUUCACAUCCAAAGCUGGUUGGGACGGCAGCACCAAGACCUACUGCUUGGGCAGGUUAGGCUGAGCUGGAACCCAGGAUGUGAAAUAGAAUUUAUUGUGGCUCUGAUUAUGUACACUAGAUGUGCCUGACCUGCUGACCAGGCUGACAUGGUUUGUACAAUAAAUACAUCCUCCGGG